AUUUUUCAAGCACUUGUUACUUUUUCGCUGCUACAGAGCGAAUUUUCAUCAGUGUUUAGGCAAUCCAUCCAAACAGCCGAAAGAAAUAUUUUUACAAAUAUUUAAAGUUUGGAUAAAGAUGAAAAUUUGUUCUUAUGAUUAUAUUUGAUCAAUUUUCCAUUCACAAUGGCAUACUGAAAAAUAUUCUUAAUGAUAAAUACUUAAAAAUCCACUUUGUUCCUUGCAUUCUGAGAUAGGAUAAAUAAACAAUUAUAGUAAACAGCAUAUAUCACGUUAAUAAAAAAAACUGUUAUAUUAUAAAUUAGUAAUGAUAAAUGUUUUUUUUUUCUUGUAGGCAUACUGGUGGUUUAAGGGUAUAUCAGAAACCAGACACCAUAGGUCUGGAAGAGAUGUUACGACUUCCAGAUAAUAAUCGUCAGAGGUAUAUACUUUUUGAGCAAUGGGGCAACCUGGGCGACACGUGGUAUGGAGACGUGUCUCAGCUGAGGAACUUCUCGGAAAAUUUUCAGAUCGUAAUUGAAGGAAUACGUGGCAAGAAAUUCACCAGCGACAUAGCUAUCGAUGACGUAGCUAUCUUACAAGGAGAGAACUGUACAUUAGCGGAAAGAGAUAUCACAACCCCAACUGCUUUUUUACGUAUGUGAAUAAAUAGAAUAUUUACUCUCUAAACUUCUAGCAGUAGCACCAGAUAAAAUAAUGUGUCUAUUUACAGCGGAUUCCUGUGAUGGCAGAUGUAUAGAAUCUCUUAGGGGUUCAUUGAAACCUCAACUGGGAUGCGCUUGCUACGUUGCAUGCAUUACGGAAGAAAACUGCUGCCCAGAUUUCUACGAAACAUGCAUUAACAAUUAUACCGACCCCACAGGCGAUGAUUCUGACCAAAGCAAUACCACAAUAGAACUACCACAGACACAGAAAUUAGUAGCUAAAUAUACAAGUCCUUUAACAACGACAACAACUUCAGAAACACCAAUAACAACAAAAAUCACAACUAUUAUAAAACCGGGAACUAGUACGACUAGUACUACGACAAAACAAACAUUUGAACCAUCGGUAACAUCUACGAGAGCAGUCAAAACUACCACAAAUGCAAUCAAAGUUACUGUAACAGUAUUCCAGAAAGAUGAAAUCAACGACACUUCUAAAUAUGAGCGUACAGCUGCUUCAUUCAAAGAAACAACUGGAACAACAUCUGUCGUCGCGACUAAAAAGAUUACUGAGACAACAACUAGAAAUAAAAAGACAACGGUUGCAUUAAAACCGACCACUAGAGUUGUAGUACAAAAAUUUACAACAGUGGUUCCUAAAAGCACUAAAGCUUUACAAAGCACUGGAAAAAUCAACAAAAAUAAAAGUAUAGAUGUAAAUGAAAAAUUAACAGAGAAGCAUGGUAAGUAUUUAAUAGACUCAAAUAAGUAAUUAACAUAUUAUUUGCUUGAUCUUUUUUCAAUUAUUUAUUUUAGGUCAGCGCAUAUUAUUCGUCCAUGCGUCUCG